AUGUUCCCUGACCAGCCUGAAAAACCUCUAAACCUGGCUCAUAUUGUGCCCCCCCGACCUGUAACCAGCAUGAACGACACACUCUUCUCCCACUCUGUGCCCUCAGGAAGUCCUUUCGCAAACAGAAGGUUACUUGGGGGUAUAAAUGCAGCCAGUCCUGUGGCUGAUGAGCAUUCUCUUAUAAAGCUGUAUGUAAAUCAGCUUCACAACAAUUCACGCUCUCCUUCCAAGAAUACUGAAGUAGAGCAGAGCAAACUGCUGGCUAGGGCUGCUCCAGCUUUCUUGAAAGGCAAAGGGUUACAGUACAGCCUCGAUGUUGCAGACAGGCUGGCCGAUGAACAUGUACUCAUCGGGUUGUAUGUCAACAUGCUGCAGAGCAACCCCAGACGUGUUCUCGAUAGCGCAAGUCGCCUGGAUGAAGAACAUAAGCUGAUCGCCAGGUAUGCAGCAAGGCUGGCAGCAGAAACUUCUUCAUCCCAACAGGGUCAGCAGAGAGGGGCAUCAGAUAUCUCCUUCACCAUUGAUGCAAACAAGCAACAAAGGCAGCUGAUUGCUGAACUUGAAAAUAAAAACCGAGAAAUCCUACAGGAGAUCCAGAGGCUGCGACUCGAACAUGAGCAAGCAUCCCAGCCCACACCAGAGAAGGCACAACAAAAUCCCACCCUCCUUGCAGAGCUCCGGCUCCUGAGACAGCGGAAGGACGAGCUGGAACAGAGGAUGUCUGCUCUCCAGGAAAGCCGGAGGGAGCUGAUGGUUCAGUUAGAAGGCCUCAUGAAACUGCUCAAGACUCAAGGGGCAGGCUCCCCACGUUCCUCACCCAGCCACACUAUCAGUCGACCAAUUCCAAUGCCCAUCAGGUCUGCCUCUGCCUGCUCCACCCCAACCCACGCACCUCAGGACUCUCUGACUGGGGUGGGAGGAGAUGUGCAGGAAGCCUUUGCACAAAGUGCAAGACGAAACUUAAGAAAUGAUUUGCUGGUGGCAGCAGAUUCAAUCACCAACACCAUGUCUUCUUUGGUAAAAGAACUGAAUUCUGAAGUGGGCAGUGAGACAGAAAGCAAUGUGGAUUCUGAAUUUGGACGGACUCAUUUUGAUGACCUUGUUCCAUCCCCAACGUCUGAGAAGGCUUUCCUUGCGCAGAUCCAUGCCCGGAAGCCAGGGUACAUCCACAGCGCUGCUGCCACCGGCUCCAUCCGCAGCGACAUGGUUACAGAAGAUGGAGACCCGUAUGUCAGAGCAGAUGAUGAAAAUUAUGAGAAUGACUCUGUCCGCCAGCUGGAGAAUGAACUGAAGAUGGAGGAGUACCUGAAGCAGAAGCUGCAGGAUGAGGCAUACCAG